AUGGACUUCGAUGACUUCGUGAGAGAAACCACAACAACCACUCCACCAACUACUACAACAUCAACAGCCAGCACUACAAUAAGUACCACAACAACUGCACCUCCUACUACAACUACAGGGAAAACCACAACCACAAUUGGGACAACAACUACUCCACCACCUACUACAACGUCAACAGGCAGCACUACAACCACCACAACACCUGAACCUCCUUCUACAACUACAGGGGAAACCACAACCACAAUUGUAACAACAACCACUCCACCACCUACUACAACAUCAACAGGUAGCACUACAACCACCACCACAACUGCUCCUCCUACUACAACUACAGGAGAAACCACAACAACCACUCCACCAACUACUACAACAUCAACAGCCAGCACUACAACCACCACCACCACCACAACAACUGCACCUCCUACUACAACUACAGGGGAAACUACAACCACUCCACCACCUACUACAACAUCAACAGGUAGCACUACAACCACCACCACAACAACUGCUCCUCCUACUACAACUACAGGAGAAACCACAACAACCACUCCACCAACUACUACAACAUCAACAGCCAGCACUACAAUAAGUACCACAACAACUGCACCUCCUACUACAACUACAGGGAAAACCACAACCACAAUUGGGACAACAACUACUCCACCACCUACUACAACGAGAAACCACAACAACCACUCCACCAACUACUACAACAUCAACAGCCAGCACUACAAUAAGUACCACAACAACUGCACCUCCUACUACAACUACAGGGAAAACCACAACCACAAUUGGGACAACAACUACUCCACCACCUACUACAACGUCAACAGGCAGCACUACAACCACCACAACACCUGA